AUGAAACCCAUUCACAAGCGCAUCUACACCGUCCUCCCCCGUCCCGUACCCUCCCCGUCAUGUCCCUCGACGCCCUCCAACCUCCCCCGCGUUCGCUCUAACUCCGCCUCGUCCGUCCGUUCGCUCUACACCAUCAGCUCGAGUUCGUCCCCGCUUUCGUUCUUUGAUGCACCCCCACAGCCCGCUCCUAGUUCGCGGCCCAGCAAUUCCAACCUCGUUGCCUCCACGCGUCUCGCCGCCGAAGCCAAGGCCGAACUCGAAGGUCAGACCGACUCUCCUAAUGUCGGACAGAACACUGGCCAGCCCCACGCGUCUCCUGGCGGUCCUCCUCCCUACUCGCUAGCUCUCUCUACGGGCCACGCUGAGUCCGUGUCGCACACCACAGCCCCUAAUCUCAAGCCCUUCUUCCCUUACUCAUCCUUCUCAUCAUCCUUCUACCACGGCCCGAGUCCGCAGGACGACGCAAAGGCCGACCGCGGAUCCAAACGACAGCGUGUCCGCUACCAUCUCGAUAUUGGGGCUUACGGGAUACCCAAGCGCUCUCGAGGUGCCUGUAUGGCUGGCUGCGACGGACGCGCGAAGCUUGGUCUCGAUGAUGCGCUGCAGCGACAGCGUGACCACGCAAAGUCCCUGAAUCGCGCUGUGCAGGUUGGCGAGGAUGCCUAUUUCGUACAUGGCAAUGCCAUGGGCGUCGCAGACGGGGUUGGCGGCUGGUCUAGGGUUCAUCCAAAAGCUCAUGCUGGCGAGAACGAGCCAUCGCCUAGUGCUCUCUUUGCUCGCCGAUUGAUGCAUUAUUGCUCGGAAGAGGUUGAGGCAGCGGGUGCAGAGUCGGCACGGGACCAUGAUCUACCUUUCGCGGGAUUAGACUCGACGGAUCUCUAUGAAGAACUGCAAGACUCGUUGGAAGAACUAGAGGACGGCUUAGAUGUCAUGAUGAUUUUAGAGAAGGCCUACGAGAAGACGAUGCGAUCCCAUGUGUGUACAGAAAGCGCAACUCCGGAAUCUGAGAUCGACGGGUUAGACACACCUUCGCUCGGCGCUUCAACCAUCUCUCCCUCGCAGGGCGCCUCGAGCACUCGCAGCAGCGCUCCGUCGAUGAGCUCACCACCAUCACUCCCCGCGCCACAACAUAUUCCCCUCGCGGAAGGCUCGUCCACUGCUCUUCUUGCGAUCCUCGAACAUCCAUCUUCCAAGUCUGGACUGCAUGGAAGUACCCCGCAUUUGUUCCACCCUAUCGCACGGCAUAUUUGCGGCGAUACCGGUAUAUCCGACCGCGGCGCCAUCAUCAAAAUCGCACAUCUAGGCGAUUGCGUCGGCAUGCUCAUUAGAGGCGACGAGAUUAUAUGGCGGACAGAGGAGAUGUGGUGGAAUUUUAACACGCCCGUCCAGCUUGGCCCGGCAUCGCCCACACGCCCACGCGAUGCGCGCGUAUUUACCGUCCCCGUGCAGGCGGACGACAUCCUCAUCCUCGCGAGCGACGGGCUGAGUGACAACCUUUGGGACGAGGACGUGCUCGACGAGGUUGUGCGCUUCCGACGGCCGUUCCAAGGCGCAGUACAGCGCGCAAUGCUGCCUUCAAUGCUGAGUGAGGCACUGUGUUCACGGGCGCGCCGGGUGGCGGAGCGGCGCAAGUCGCGGCAAAAUGAAUCGGAACUCGAGGAGGACGAGGUCCCGUUUGCACGAAGGGCACGGGAGCAUGGCAAGACGUUCCGCGGGGGUAAACCCGAUGACAUCUCCGUGCUCGUCGCGAUCGUCUCGCCUGUGGAGUCAUCAUAA